AAAACCAGGCAGAUUCCGGGGGCUAGAAGAGGAAAGACAUGAUACCAGGCUGUCGAUAUGACUCGACAUGGCGGAAAACGAACUCAGAAUCAACCUUGAAUCACAAAAAAUGUUUGAAUAACCGUCACCAAGAGAAUUUUUGACAAUUGUUCACUGAAUGACAAAAUAGACUUAACAUCUGUUCCCCCACCCUACGCCUUUGCAUUGUUUUGGCGUUUUUCCUACUCUUAUCCACAGACAAAUAGACAAUCCACUUCAGCUUUUGUGGCUUCCAAUCCUUGCUAAACCUCACGAACAUAUAACCCCCACCCUGUCUUUUUCUUCUGCUUCCUUCCUUCCUUGUACUUUCGUUUCUUUUCUAUCUACUCAUCUAAAUUCCUCAACAUGUUCACUUUCUCUCUGCAAUUUGAUUCAGGUUACAUAUUCUAACCCCGUUUUGACAGUUUAUAAAACGUCACCGAGCUUUCCCGCCAAUUUUGAAGAUGCAGAGGUUUUCACAGAGAGAAAGCGUUCUUUUAAGCUGUAGUCCUGAAAAGACAUUCGUGGACUCGAGUUCUGGUCCGAAGAGUCCAGGUAGAAACUCAGACAUAGAUUUUAGCGAUGUCUUUGGUGGUCCGCCCAGGAGGUCAUCGAUUCAAGAGACACGGUACAGUUUUGGCGAAAUCACGGGUUCAUCUGGUUUCAGAAGAAGUGAGGAAACGGCUGCUGCAUCACCGAAUCCGUGGUCUGGUUUAAGCGAAAAGCCCGUGUUCGGUGAAGAAGUGAUGAGCAGCCGGAGCAGAAACUCGAGAAAUGAUUUCUUCGAUGAUAUUUUCAGAGGGAACGAGUCUUCGAGUUCUUCUCCUAGAAAGUAUGAGAUGAAGGACCCGUUUGCACCAGGUUCGCAGUUAUUGAGUCCGGCUAGGCCAUUGCCACCCAAGCUCGAACCUUUUGGGAGUUCGAUUCCUGCUCAAUUCAGCCUUCCUCCCCAAUUGAACAAAGGAAUGGACCUCCCCACAUUUGGCUCCCCUACUCGUAGCACGUAUAGGUGCAAGGAUGGCUCUUCAGAUGGUUCAAGUUAUUAUGCCUAUUCUCCUCUGUCUAGAUUCUCAGGCCAAGCAAAUCAAGAUAAAGAGGAACUGAGAAAUUAUUUUCAAACAUCUAAUCGGUUUAGUGCUUUGUCACGGGAGUUAUCUACUGGUAGCGAGGAGUCAACAAACUUGAGUAAGUAUGAUGAAACAGAAACAAAAUGCAAUUCAGAUAGUUCAGAGAUUACAAUAAAUGGCAGCCACUUUCACUUCUCAAUAUACAAAUGGGCAGACAAAGGAGGCUUACCGUUAGCCAUUCCUCUAAGGGGAAACGAUAGACACAAAGAAAAGGAUAAACUGCAGAGGUGCUCAAGUGCUAAUGGAUGGAUCGGCUGUAAAAGUAUAGCAAUGGAGCCGAAAGCAAAAUUGAAUGAUGGCUCUACUGAUAGAAUGUCAAGAAAUGGUAAAUCUUUUGGAGUAGAACAUGGGAAAAAUGAAAAUGGCUCUCUUAUUGAUUCAAGAAAUGGCGAUGCAGAACCAAGUCGAAUUAUUGAGGAAGACAACAUUCCCAUGGCUGACUCAGAAACCAUAAGCAGCCUUAAGAGUUCUAAUAAGAAUGUUUCUGGUGACACUGUCUUGCGCAGUUCAGGAGGAGAAGAAAAAACCCAUUGUUCCCUUCCUCAGAUAGAAGUUUCUGCAGUAGGUAAAGAAACUCACAAGCCUCAGUCAAAACCUCUGAAUUUGCUUUUGGACGACAAUGAUGAUUAUGAUAAAAAAGGUAAUUAUGAGAUAACUAAAAAUGCUCGAACGAAAGAAAUUUCCAAGAAGAGUGCCAAAAAGUUAUCUGAAAUUCUAGAUGGUAAAAGCAUCAAGAAACAAGAUGUGAAGAAAAAGGCAACUUCCAACAAUGUGGAAGCUAGUAAAACAAGCGUAAAGGGUUCCCCUAUGAACUCAUGGGAUAAUGGAAAAGGCAGAGUUAGAGGAAAGGUCAAAGAAUUCAUCAAAAUUUUCAACCAGGAUGCUUCAUCAAAACCUAGAUCAAGCACUGUCUCUGAGAGUCAUAGCUCUAGACAGAAGGAAAGAGAUACUGUCAUGCCAGAGAAUGAACCGAGUAUUAGCAUGACUGAAAGGGAUGAGAAAAUUCACAUGACUAACAUGCAAAAGAAGAAAUCAUCUUCAGAUAUUCCUACUAACGGUGCAUCGGAAAAGAAUGUCAAUAGCUCAGUAAAAGAUACCAUCUCUGAUGGCUCCAAGACUGUUGUUGAAGAUCCAGCAGAUUCAUUUGAGGCAAACUUUUUGAUAGAAGACCUGACACCAGAAGCGAAAAUUUUGCCACAACUUGGCAUUGAUCCGGAAGCCCUCCAGGUCAUUGAUGCUAAAAUACGGCAAUGGUCAAAUGGAAAGCAAGGAAAUAUUCGUUCACUGUUGUCAACCUUACAAUAUGUUCUUUGGCCCGGUAGUGGUUGGAAGACAGUUCCCCUUGUUGACAUAAUUGAAGGACCUGCUGUGAAAAGAUCAUACCAAAAAGCUUUACUGUGUCUACAUCCGGAUAAGCUACAGCAGAAGGGUGUGGCCUCGGACCAAAAAUACAUUGCAGAAAAAGUAUUCGAUAUUCUGCAGGAUGCAUGGACUCAUUUCAACUCACUUGGUUCGGUCUGAUUCACUGUUUGCUCGAACGCCACGUUUCCAUCAAUCAGACAAAGGAUGAAAAGUUAGGUGCUUAGUAUCAGUGGAAUGCAUGCACAGGAUUAAUCCAUCUUGUUUUGUGUAAAUAUGGUAACAGCUUGGGGUAGAAUUGGAAUGCAUGCACAGGAUUAAUCCAUCUUGUUUUCUUUAUAGGUUGUGUAAGUAUGGUAACAGCUUGGAAACCCGUCUAUCCCACACCCAAUAUUUGGAAUGCCCUGAAGAUUAGGUUUGACAAAGUCCCCAAGUUUCCCACGAGGUUGUUCAGUGUUACACUCAAAGAAUAAGCAAAAAGAAGGGAGAUACAGGUACUUUCCAUGGGGGAAGAAAAAUGGGGUUUUGAGUCCCCAGCCUGAUCUUCUUUCUUUAGCUACUUGUCUUUUGGUCGGAAUUUCUUUUUGAAUUCAAAAUCUAGUAAUCAUUUGAGCCCAUGCCACCACAAGACCAUGGCUUGAUUCAUUUUUCA